CCACCACACUUGUAGGAGACCAAAUACUAUAUUAUAACACUAGGCUACGAACUCUCCUGCAUAUUAAGUUCAAAUGGCGGCAGUUACACAAAAAUGAUUGAUAAUAGAAGAAACACUAAUCGACCAAAUCCAAUUACAGAGAAUUGGAACUGAGAGGGCGCUUGGGCGUCUGGAGUCCAUCAGUUCCACUAUAAUGGAUACGCACGGGAACCAAAACGUGAGGCGACUCUCGGAAUGAACUACACAAACUUGCAAGGACAAGUGGCCAACGUCAAACCUCAUUAUCAGCCCAGCGCGCAAUCCUUGCGGCUCAUCAUUCUGCUGAUCCUAGUCAUGGGGGUGGCCCCAUCCCCAGCUCUAACAGCGGGAUGCCCGGCACGAUGCAUAUGCGAUGACCAGCUGGUGGUCCAGUGCGCCGGGCAGCACCUCACCGCCUUCCCCACUGACCUGCCGCUGGCCACUCGGCAGCUCAUCAUCUCCAACAAUCGCAUCGUGGAGCUGCCGCCGUUGCAGCUCAACUACCUGUCGGACUUGGUGUACUUGGACUGUAGCAACAAUUCCCUGACGGAGAUUUCUAUGUCCACAUUCGGGAACCUGGGGAAGCUUGCUUACCUGGACUUGUCCUUUAACACCUUAACGCGGAUAGAGGACAGGACGUUCGGGCCUCUCUCCAGCCUCGUGAUGCUGAGAAUGACGGACAACCCCGGCCUGUCGGAUAUUCACCCGGACGCUUUCGCAAAGAACUCGGCGCUGCAGGUGCUGGACGUGAGCCGGAACAACCUGACCGUGCUCAACAUCAGUUCUCUCAUCGCGCUGCCCACCCUGCGCUCGGUCGGCCUCAGCGGAAAUUCCUGGAGCUGCGACUGCGAUAACGAGGACCUCUGUCUCUGGGUUCACAUCGAGGCAUUCAAGUUUCAAGAUGAGGGCCAGACGGUGUGCCGUGGUCCUCCUGACCUGCAGGGGCAGCGUCUGGGUGAGCUGGGGCUGCAGCUGCGGUCGCGGUGCCACCAGGGCCUGGGUUUCUGGGACUACCUGUUCUUCCUCGUCAUCGGCUUCGUUAUCUUUGCGGCAGGAACGGUGUCGGCGUGGGCAAUCGGUGUAGUCAUGGUACUGUACGAACGCUAUGUCAAGAAGAAGAGCGAGCAGAUGGACCCCGAUGACGAGAUUGAGCAGGACACAGGACCUGGCACGGGGGGCGGAGGGGGUCACCAUGCCAACGCACGAGGUAAUGGGGAUUUGAAAAACACUGGUCACAUGGUGGUAUGACUCCACCCUGUCCCACAGCCUCCCUACCGACUGUGCCUCGGAACCUACAGAACUACAAAACCUUUGAUGUCAUAAAAUGGCAGAGGUUAAGAAGAAACUACAAAGCAGAGCACACUGGGAUUAAUAAAAUACAGAAGAGAGACAACGCAGAAAUGUGCCUGAUUGAGAGUUGAAUAGUUCCUUAAAGUCCCAGUGCACAGUUUUGUAUCAUAUUGUACAACAGCUGAUGAACCUAACUUUGUAAAAGUGUGACAAAAUGUGAUCAGUGUUAUUUAGUGAUAGUUGAUGGUUGAAAAUACAAUCUAAACAGGACCUUAAAUCAGCAGGUUUUGCAUGGAUGGAGUUUUGGCUUGUUUGGUGACAUCACCGGGUGGUUAAGCUAUAGACCAAUAACAAAGUGACUUCCAAACCUCUCUGACAAUAGCAGCUAGUUCAGGUUACAUGUCUCUCCUAUUAGGUUCCGCCAAUUAGGCCCCUCAAUCAGACCACUCCCAGACAGUUAUGGCAAAAUUCUUGCUUGAGAAAUAGUAUUUUGACCAUUUUAAUGGAAUACUAUUACAGUAAGGUACUUAACUGUUACCCAGAAAUGAUUUAAUAUUGAGAUAAAAACAGCUGCAUUGGGCCUUUAAUAUACUAUAAUAAUAUGAUUCAAUUCUCUGGUCCUGUGUGUGUGUGCUCACUUUGGUAGCCUGUGUGUGUGUGUAUUGGGAGUUUGACUCCCCUCUACUAUUAGCCAAGAGAUCCUCUCUAAGUAGAGCCCUGUCUGCUGAGGGACGUGGCUUCUACCCAGCUGGCUGUUGGAGCUAUUCUGGCCGGCCUCUCAGUGGGGCCAGGUAAACACAGGACAUGAUAAUUGAUUUCCAGCCCUCCUGCUGUCCGUGUUUAGUAGGAUGCAGAGUCCCGUCCACCCCACCCGUCUCUUCAUGCACUGACUACACCAAAAACCUUACAGUAACUACUGAAUUAUAGAACAAUUCUACAGCAAUAACACAAAACACUUCUACUGUGAAGCGUAAUGAUUAUUAUGAAGCACAGUACUAGUCCUGCUCUGGGACAGUUGCUUUCAUCUGAGUCAACCCCUUUAGAAUACUACUGACCAUCCAUCAUUCUAUAUCCCACGACGUUAGCACUGGCUUCUAUUAAAGCUAAAUGCUACUCAGAUCUGGUGGAUCAACACUCACUGUCCUGUUGGUCCUCCGGCUGCACUAUGACGUUAAUCCUGACUCUGAAUGUUAUAAACUUAGUAGAGGUGAGUCUCUCCAUUCAUCCCAACAACAGCAGCUGCUCUAAGGAGAGGCUUGUGGCGGGAUUACAGUGGCUCUGAGGGGCUGUAAGAGUACAUAUCCAUUACACACAAUGGACUGAUCAGCUGGAGAGGUUGUGUGAGAAGGAAGGAGGGGAAGGAGAAAGGGAGUAAACACACACACACACACACACACACACACACACACACACACACACACACACACACACACACACACACACACACACACACACACACACACACACACACACACACACACACACACACACACACACACACACACACACACACACACACACACACACGGGUGUUAGAGAGAUAAACUGGAGUCCAAGGUGCCCCCCAAGAUUAAUGCACUUCAUUGAUGUAUAGACAGAACUCAGAACUUCUGUUCUGAUACAUCUAAGCGACAGGGAGCAUGUUCUCUAGGAAUACUAGAGGUAGUGUUGGCUGUUGGGCUGGUUUCCUGAUCAAAGCAGAGAUGUUACUACAGUUAUCUGACCUUUAUAGUGACACUGUUUAUGCCUCUCUCUAGUCAACACCAGGUGAGUCUGAACAAGGAGAUAUGUUGGUGGUAUGAACAUAGUACUG